GUUCGAUCGAUCCUUCAUAAGCAACAAGAGAAGAGGCAGCAGCGAGGAACGAACCAAGCAGCUGAUUGAUCGAUUCAUCGAAGAAGGUGGUCAUGGACCGACUGCUACCCGAUGUAGUGCUCGCGGACGUCCUCGGCCGUCUCCCGCAGCGAAGUCUCGCCGUUUCGCGCGCCGUCUGCAAGUGUUUGCGCGACAUCAUCGACGAUCUCAGCCUGCUACGUGCGGACCUGCUCCCGCUGUCGCUAGGCAAGAUCUUCACCAACUUCAAGGCCAUGGAACUCUCGGAAUUCUUCUAUCCCGUCAACGACCCGACGGCAAUCUCACGCAGCUGCCUCCUUGGUAUAAUUGACGACCACUGUAAUGGCCUUGUCUUGAUUAAAUACAUUGACCACUUUGUGAUGAAUCCUAUCACACGACAAUGGGUGCUUUUGCCCCCGCCGCCGCCCCCGUCGACGGAGAUGAAGGACUUCUACCAAAACGGGGCCAAGUAUCUUGUGUUUGAUCCCACUGUCGCGCCAGACUAUGAGGUCUUCUUGAUUCCCCAUGUUCCAGGGAGAGAUACGUUGGGUCUUUUGUCGCUGGAAUUGGAAUGGCCACCAUCGCCAUUUAUCUUGUCAGUUUAUUCAUCAACAAGUAAGCAUUGGGAGCAGAGGCCCUUUGUUCGGAAAGGGGACGCCAUAGGGUCUAUUGGUCAUAUUCUACAAAGUGAAAAAGAGAGAGAGAAGCACUACGGUGUUUACCUGCGUGGAGCACUUUAUGUGCAUUGCCAGAAUGAUUAUUUCUACAAAAUAUCACCCUCAAACGGCGAGUACCAAGUAAUCAAGCCACCGCCAGGUAUUGAGACAAGCAAUCACCGUCAAGUUUAUUUGGGCAAAUCACGGAACGAGAGACAAGACAAUCUACAAGUCGACGGCCCAUGGUCUUCACAAGAAUAUUAUUAUGAUGAUGCUGGCCAUGAUCACAUGAAGAAAGCACCACAAGAGUAUUGUUAUGAUUACUUUAGCAUACAUAAUGAGGAAGGACCAGCCGCUGAGGGAACUCGACUUGCUUUUCUCGGAUUCCAUCCUUUCAACAAAGAUGUCGUCUUCUUGACGGACACAUCAGAACAAGGAUUUGCCUAUCAUCUUGAGAGCUCUACAGUUGAGCACUUAGAAAAGCUAAACCCAAUGACCGAAUCUGUCUAUUACAACCCCCGAACAUUUGUAGAAGUGUCUUUUCCUUUCACGCCUUGUUUGACAGGAGAAUUAUCGUAAGAUAUGUAACUUGUUAUAAAUUCAUGAUGAACUGUUCACAUAA